AUGGUGUCCCUGAAGCUCAGCGCAUUUGCGCUCUUUGCAUUGAAGGCCAUCUCAGCCUACGCUCAGGCUCCUGAGACCGUAGAGGAGAUGGAGAACCCCGAUGUCCAGCAGACUCCCAAAUUGAAUGUCGACGUCUCGGUUUCCUUCCCUAACUCCGAGGUCUUCGGUGUCAAGCUCGUCAAUGGACAUGCGACCAACGCUGUCUUGUCCAUCGCCAACCACGAGACCACCCCCGUCCACCUGAACAUCAUUGGUGGCUCUCUCUUGAACCAGAGAACCAACAGCAGCUUGACUGCCGCCAAGUACGACCUCUUGAUCCCUGCCGGCGAGAAGGAGACUGCCACCUACAGCUUUGCUGUCGACAUGCACCCCCAGGAUUUGACCCUCAACUUGGCUGCUGUCUUCAAGGACCAGUUCGGCAUGACCCACGUCUACCCUGCCUUCAAUGGCACCGUCUCGGUUGUUGAGGCUCCCACGAGUUUCUUCGACCCUCAGAUCAUUUUCCUCUACCUCGUCCUCAGCGGUGUCUUUGCUGGUACCGUCUACUUCAUCUACAACACCUGGAUCACCACCUUCUUCCCCCAGAAGAAGGGUCGCGGCAAGGGCGGCGAGCGCGCCAAGCGCUCUUCCGGCGGUACCAAGAAGGUCGACCCUGCUGACCAGGUCAGCGUCAUCGGUGCUGAUGGCCCUGCUGUCACCAGCGGUGCCGCUGCCUACGACGAGUCCUGGAUCCCUGCCCACCACUUGUCUCGCCCUCAGGCCAAGCGUGUCGCAUCUGGCGCCAAGCCCAGAUCCAGAAGCAGACCCGCCGCAUAG